AUGACAUGUGUAUGGGCCAUAAACACCAUACCCAGAAGGAAACACGAAAUUGUGGCGGCCGAUGAUAUCGUUGAAGAGGGGGCAGCGAUUAUGGCCCAAUUUUCCAACGGAGUUGUUGGCACAUUUCUGGUGAGUGACAAUGUGGCUAGCCCAUACGGUUGGGAGUCUGCUACUGGCGACAAUCCUUUGUAUCCAAAGGCAGAGAUCCCAGUGGAUAUUUAUAGCAUUUUGGGCACGAAAGGGACUAUCGUUGUCCCCGACAACACUCUUUGGACCUACGACUCGGAGACGACGGGCAGGUAUCGCCAAGAGGCUGGGUGGAAAACUCCAAUGACACGCGUCAAGCUUCCAGUCGCCCAGGGUAUUCCGUUUCAACAACAAGCAGAACAUUUGGCUAGAGUGGUUCGUGACUUAGAAGAUCCUAUUUGCUCGGCCGAGGAUGGACUAGCAGCAGUCUCCGUCUGCGAGGCUAUUGUUACAGCUUUGAAGGCCAAGGACGGACUCCCGGUUCCUGUUUUAGACAUGUCACAUAUCUAG